AUGAAUAUGAGCCUUUCCUUUGUAGCGAUAUAGUCCUGCAAGAAGGGAACGGAGCACAUAAAAAAUGCAUUCCUUAAGAUUGGUUUUAGAACACUGAAACAGAAUACUCUCCAUUAGGGUGAAAUAAAUAGAUCACCCACAUUGAUUUAAGCUACUAGUCAAUACUUGGGGAAUAAAAAUGGACAAGAAGCCUAAACUUAAUAGAGGGAGGACUUCGAGUAGGAGACCAAGAAACAAAAGUAACUGACAUUCCUAUAAACAAAAGUCAGGCAAUCAACUUAGCCUCAAUAAGACAUAAUGAGAUAGCAAGAGAAGGACGAGAUCCUAGACAACGAGAUAUCUGAUAAUUAGUCUGUGUAGAAAGAAAUAAUAAAGUCAAAGAAAAAGUCAUUAGUCCAAAACAAAGGUCCCGAGAAGGAGAUCCAAGGUCAUCGACAAUCGGAACACCCGUAUUUGAAGUUUGGCGAUGUCUUCGUGAUUAAAACCAAUGUGGCUGGCACAGCAAUUGGAGGGAAACAGAGUGAAACUCAAAUCCAUGAAUUGAUAAUCAUAGGGAAUCUGUAGUACUCUGGGUCAAUAAAUUGUGUGAACAUGACCAAUCAAGUCAUUAACAACCCCUAUUCGCAUCAAUAGAAGUGUUUUUUUACAAUUCGGAAUCCGAGAACUAUCAUGAGUGAUCAGAGUUACGUUUGUUACGGUCAGCGCAUAGUGUUGGUUCACUCUAAGUCAGAGUAGAGUGUGAUGAUCAAUUUGGAUGUGCCAUCACAAGAACGAGGAUCUUUUUAAGUCAAUUUGCAAUCCCAAAUUGGUCAUCAGAACAUAUUGAGAAUCAUGCCAUAUUCGAGUGCAAACAAAAUCGGAGACAAGAUCCAAUACAAUGAUCAGUUGCUGUUUCAAUAGGACUCCAAUAGAUAGUAUUAUCUGAAAUUGGAGAAGGAUGAAUCACGAUACUCAAGCAACAAGUUCAUUGACAUCAAUGCAAGUGAUAGGCCUGACUGUUUCCAUUUGCACAAGGUCAAGAGUCAUUAGAAUAAUAUUAUCCAAAUCAUCAAUCAACAGUAUAUGAUAGCCAUUGGAACCAGCGAGAAAUAACUGCAGUAAUUCAUAAUCAACAAAAAUGCCAUCAUCAACAAUUUCAAUAAUGAUCAGUAACAACAACAACAGGAGACCUUCUCUCUGAGAACCCUAGAUCUCAACAAGUAUUUGAUGCAGGAUUACGAAGUACAAUCGAGCAAUCUCCUAAAUUCAUAUACAUACUUUGAAAUACAACCUCUAUUCCCAUUUACAGAACAACAAGCUGGUCCUAAUGCUUGUAAAUUAAAAUCCUUAUUUACGUAGUAAUAUUUGUCAGUAGAUCCCAAUGAUGAAAAGAGACUCAAAUUGACAGCAGGCUAUAUGCAGGAUGAUUAUAGCAUCUUCUACUUCAAUCCUGAAUCUACAGAGCAACAAGAAUCCAAUGAACAAAUCGUCAGCAUUCAAAGUUCUCUAGGAACAUACUUGAUGCUGACUUAGAAUGGAAAAUUCCAAUUUCAACCUCUCCCCAAUGAUCAGACACCCCAGCUAUUCUCAAUCAAAUAGAUCGACCCUGCAUCUUCUGUCAUUUUGGAGGAUCUCAAUGAAAUUCAUAUGAGAAUCCUGAACUUCCAUGUGUAUUUGCAAUAAUGGUCCAUCUUGUCAGAUAAGAAGAAAUAGAAUGAAGACAUUUUUGUAUUCGAUUACUUGAAAUCCUUGUCUCUAAAAGGACAGUUGGAACAGGAGGUUUAUCAUUUGUAAUUGCAAUUGGAAGCCUUGAACAAUCACUUGUCUAACAAAGCAAAUCAAUAUGAAAUGAACAACAAUGUCCAAACUAGCUAUCAAUAGAAGCAAAAGUUAUUGAGAGAAUAGAAGAUCUUGGAGUUGCUAUUCUCCUUAUUGAAAUUGAUUGACAACAUUGUCUUCACCUAAUAGAAAGUGUUUAGAGAGAAGGAGUAGAGCCGAUUGUAUAAGACAGAAAGACGUCUGCCAUCGCAAUAGACAGCUUCUUAUGUGGCAUUCAAAGCUUUGGCAUCCAUUCCUGUUCACAUUUACAAGAUCAUCCUCUUGUCCAUCAAAAACAAUCAGAGCAAUCGCAAAAUAGCCUUGGAUAAUGACGAAUUCUUGUGUAAAUAAAUUCGAAGUUAUGGACCCCAUGUUUCAGCCAUUCUGAGGGAAGCAGUAAAAGACCAACCAAACAUCGAUUUGACGGAUUGGGUUCGCCUAUUAGAACCAUUGGAGGAAGUAGGGAAUAACAUCUAUGACAUGACUAUUUAUCUUAAGGUAAUAUCAAUAGCAAUGGUGGAUUCCAGCAAUCAAGGGAUCUUUCGAUAUCAAAACAAAGUUUGUAAGGAACUAUUCUCUUAAGGAAAGAAUGGCAAGACCAAAUUCUUAUGUCAAUUUAAUGUUCUCCUCGAUAAGCCUACAUUUAAUUUAUAUCGAGAGGAACCCUUGGCCGAUUUCCUAUUAAAGAAUCCUUCCUUAAAUCAAUUGCAUUUGAUAAGGCCUUCUGAAAAUAAUGAGAUGGAGUUGUUUUCACUUGAAGAGUUGGGAGAGAAAAUCUUGGUCAAGAAAUCGUUGUUGCAGUUCUUAAGUUAUUUGACUGCUUCAGUGAACUUAUUGGCUUAGUUAUGCAAGGGCAGAAAUAAGAAAUGUAUGAAGAAGGUGUAAUUUUUGGGGAUAACUUCGAAUCAUAUUUAGAAUGUAAUUAAAUCAACCUAGAUUCCUUUGUCAAUGAAAAACAGUUAUCUCAAAUUAUAUGAAGUCCUGUACAUAGAUAUUGAUCCCUUUUUGCCAAUCUACUCUCAAACCUGUUUCAUUUGGGGUUAGCUGUAGAUGGAAAAGGAUAAAAAGAUAGCUCAAAUUUUCAAUCAUUAUGUUGAGGCAGUGGAAGUGGGCAAAUUGACUAAGGAAUUCGAAGAGAAGAUGUUGCCUCUCCUUUUAGAGUUACUGACUUAGGGCAAUAGUUUCUAGGAAGGUCUGAUCAAAGUGAAGAAAAAGAAGAUGCAUAUAAGAUUGCCUUCUCUAAGUGGAAAUUAGGUAUAAACAGAGAAGGUUGAGUAGAAGAGCAAGAUUUCGUAAAAGAUUAAGUUUUUGACUACUCUUUAUCAUCUGGUUUACAAGAUAAUAUAAUUGGGAUACCUUACGGAGGAGUAGAUUUGUUCGAUUGUAAAGCCAAUGUUGUAAAUCUUUGUGCCAUUUUUAUCACAAAGAGAGAAACAAGCCUUGGAAGUGAAGGAGAAUUGGUUGAAUGAAUUGAUAGCUUCUGCGAAGUCAUUAUAACAAUAGAGUUUGGUUGAUUUGAUAGAUGAACUAUUUUCAAAUGCUGGUUUGCUGAUGAAGUAGUAUUUCACAAUCCAGUUGAAUGUGCAAAUUCAAGAAUUCUUAAGACAUUUCUAGAGGUCCUAUCAAACCUAUUGUUUAUAAUCGCUGGAGAAGUUGAUAGCUGAAGUUAGAGAGAUCAUUAUGCGAAUGCAAUUAGGAUAGAAUAAGAACUUGGUGUUAGGGUAUUUGUUGGGAUUCUAUUGUUCCAAUUAUUUAUUCUAGAGUAAGGGUUUUAGGUUGUGUCAGGAAGCCUUGAAUUAGGGAGUCAAUUAACAGUGGAUCUCAUAAUUGAGACAAGCUGAGAUCAUUUUAGAUGGAGAUGAAUUAGAGUUGUAUUAGUAAUUGACUGGUAAUUCUUUGGUUGGAUAAAUCUUCUCUCCUAUUCGAUUGGAAGUUCAGAUAUAACAAUUAGAGGAUUCUCAGAAGAAGAAUUCAGAAGGAGGAGGGAAACAAAAAGAUGAAAAGAAUUGGGAAAUUGACAAUCAAUUAAACAAAUUGAUCAAUCGAAUUAAGGAAAUAAAAAUGGAUUCAUUUAAAUUAACAAAAACAUAGAAUAUUCUAAGAAAUCUAGGAGUUCAUAAAUAAAUUUUGAGAUUGAUUAAGGCAUAACGUGAAUAGAGUGAUACUCAACAAAUCUCAAUUAAAUUCUUAUGUUUAUUUCUAUUGAAUAAUAAACUCAAUUGUUCAGAAAUCCAGGAGGACCUAUUUACAAUCAUUUAAUUAGCAUCUAGCAAUCUAAAGGUAUCCAAAUUGAUUGGAGUCUUCUGUUAAAGUCUCAAUGAUUAGUGGAGUGUUCUUCAGUAAUUAAUCAAAUCCAUUUUUGCCACUAUGCAUGAACACAAAGGAACUUGUUAACAAUUCUAUAAGGCUUUGUUAUCCAUUCUACAGAAUAGAUAACUCUCUUUUGAUCGUAUGAAUGCUUUAAAAAGAGAAAUUCUGAGCAACCUAUUCAAAAUCCCUAGUUAUAUCAAUGACCUAUAAUAUUAUAAGCAAUUAAAUGAUGUAAAGAACAAGAAGGAAGAGUAACUGUUUUAUGGGAUGGAAUUUCAGAUUUUCUCAGCUUCAAAUGCGUUGACAGCUCAAGUCAUUAAGGAUUAUACUUUGGGAAUUCAAUAGAUCCAAGGCAUUUUAUUUACUGAACAAAUUAAUUAGAUGAUUCACAAUCCAGCCAUAUCUUAUUUAAUUAAAUCUGAGUUAAUCAAAUUGGUUUACAUAACUCAGAUUCAAUAGAUACCAACAUUUACCAUGUCAGAUAUGAGAGAACUGUUAAUUAUGCUAUUGAAUGAUCUCUUGGCAUACCCAAAAUAUCUAGAUGGAUUAUUAAAAUAGUGUGAGACCAACACUGAAGAAGACAAGGAGAAAAUAACAAAGGAUAAGUUGUAAGUAGACAUGAUCAAACAGAAGAUGUUUUAGGAUACUGAAGAAAAGAAAAAGAAUUUAUUAGCCACAACUCCAGGUAUGCCCAAUCAAACAAAUGCGGCUCAAUAACAAGUCCAAUAAAUGAAUGAAUAAAAGAGGAUUGUUUUUGAUAAUACUGAAUAUUGGAAAUACUUCCUCAAGAUUUCUAAUUGGUAGAAUAUUCAAUUUGGAGUUCUCAUGUUGUUGCAAUAACUAUUUUUAGAGGUAUAAUAUCGCAAAUGGAAUAUAUCAGAAACCUAAUCGAAUUAAUAGAUACUCUAAAUUGAACAAAUGAAUCAAAUUACUGAAGAUUCCCUCUAUGAACCAUUGGCUUUAAUCAAAUUGAUACUAGAAAAUAUUAGACAAACCUUGAAUCUAAUUGAAAAUACUUUGCAAUAUCCAAAAUAUAGAGUGUACUUGGCAUAACUAUAACAUUAUAUAUCCAAAUGUCUUAUGCAAUGUCCCUUAGAAUCCAAUUUAAAGAAUUUCAAAACCAUCAAGUAUGCCUAAGAAUAUAAGACUCAGAGGGCUAUCAAGACCUAAAUCAAAGAAUACAAAUAGAAGGCAUUGCCUAAACCAUCUCAGGAAGAGUUAAAGUAAAACUUAAACUAAUUUUACGAAAAGCUAAGAUGUUAUAUGAUGGAAAAGCAUCUCACAAUAAAUGAAAUGAUGGAUAAAAUCAGAGGGGAAUUUCAAUUUCACACAGAAUUACUAAUCUCUGAGGGUCAAUAUAGUGUCAACACUCCAGAUAAAUUAAUAGGUAAGGAUAAAUUUUGCAACUUGUUCAAUCAGAUCUUGGAAGAACACUUCUAGCAAUUGAUCUAAAUUAAAUUAUCGAAAACAUUACCAGACAUUAGUCAGUAUCUAACCUAUGAGGACGCUUCAAAAUAUUAUGAAUCCUAUAUGUAAUUAAGAGAUUCCACCAAAAACCUGCUAGAUAUAAAUAAGUUCUUCUAGAAACUUAUGAACUAUUUCGAUAGUCAAAAAAUCAAAUACAAUAAAGUUGAACUUAAGGAAUUGUAAAAAAAGAAGAUAUAAUAGAAGAAUUAUCAACAAGAAUCGCUGUUCAUACAACAAACCUAUGGCUAGUUCAUUUAUCAGUAUGAGUUGCUGAUAAAUCCAGACAAUCCAUACAAUUUUUAUAGACUCGAUAAAGCCUUAUUUAAUGAUAUUUAGGAGCAAUUCCUUUUGAAGUUGUCUAAUGAUGAUGAAGUUAUUUACAUAUUUUCUAGAUUACUAAAGGAAGAGGCUAUCUAAUAAAAAUAAUUAGCUUUGAACAUUAUUUAUGAAUGCUUACAAAGAGAGUAGAGUAUUAUUGAAAAAGAUCGACUCUUGCAUUUUUGUAUCAAACAAAUACCUUUUCUGAUGAUGUACUUAGAGGAGAGCGAUAAUGAAUACACGAUUAAGAGCAUUAAGAAAGUUAAAAAAACUCUGUUUAUUUUUGAACAAAUCUAAAGGAUGAACAAACAACAAUUAGCCACUGUCAUCUAGAAUGACUGCUGGUUGUAGUUUAAUAAAUUUAUAUCUCGCACAUUCAAUUAAGUUGAUAGAUUAUUUAGUUUGGAGUAGCAUAUCAAAUAGAGUGCAUCAAGCAAUGACAAUCGUCUAUUCAUAAGCAAGACUGAUCUAAGCAAUGAGAAGAAUUAAUUACUUGGACAGUUCUUUAAAAUUAUUGCUUCUAUUUUGAGACUCAUAGGUAAACUCAUCCAAUGCACAGAUGUCACUUCUCAAUUCGGAGAUUCUGCAAAUCAGUCCUCUCUAACUGAGGAAGUAUUAUAUUUUACUACCAAUUACUUUAAUUAUAUCAAUAGGUCAUAAUUAACUCAUAUAUGCACAGAAACUGAUAUAUUAACACUAUAUACGGAAUCAUUCAGAUGCUUAAAUAAUUUUUGUGAAGGAAAUCCUCAAAACUAAAAUUUAAUAUUUAAUCACAAACCCUUAAUCUAAAUAAUAUAAUUCGUUAUCACCACUCCAAAGUAUGAUAUUUUGGCUGAUAAUUUAUAAGACAAUAAUUAUCGAACCUUAUUUAAAGCAACUAUAAAACUACUUUUAUUAGUUUAAUUGGAUUUACACCAAAGUUACACUGAAUUGAAUUUUUAGAUUCUUUUUGAAAAGCUAUUGACCAUUUAUGACACCUUUGCUCCUAGGCUUUAGAUUAUAAUUCAAGGGUAGAAAUGUACUCAUGUAGAUAACAUUAAUUGCACUUAUCUAAAAUGCCAAUAUGAUUUAAUUGCCCCAGGAGAAUUUGAAGUAUUUACCAUCUGCUUUGAUUUGAUUAUACUGUUUAACAUCCUGUGUGAGAAGAUUGACAAGGUGGGGAAGGGUGAAAUAAAAAGGGAUUAUUGGCAAGCACUCAAAGAUAGAGUGAUUUAAGAUCAGAUACAUGAUUUAACAUUGAAUUAGAAAUAAAAUAUCAAUUUCUUAAGAAUCUAUUUGAGCAUGAAAUAAUUUGUCAAGUAACAACCAUUUGAUGACAAAAGGAGAGAACUGUUGAGAGAGUACUUAUAAUCAAAUGAUUCUGUUAUAACUUCAUUAGAAAUCAAGGAGCACAAGCAAAAACAAAAAAUAAAUGUAAAAAAGAAAUCUACAAGUGUUAAAUCCCCUAUCAUCCUCAACAAAUAAUAAUCUCUGUUAGGUGAUAUGGCUAGUCCAAAAAGUAAGUUGAAAGAAAGCAUUUACAAGAUUACAAAUAAAAAAUUAUAGGUGAAACAAACCUUAGAAGAGGCUAUUCCGUUUAAGAAAUUCGAAGAACAGGAUAUGGUAAUUGAAACCCAUGGAAAAAGAGGAAGUAAGAUGGAAUAAAAAUUAGAAGAAAUAGCAAUUAAUUGGUUGGAAGGAGCUUAACAAAACAAUUAGAGGGAUAUUAUUAAGUAAAACAUGUGUAUGAAAAUGGCAGAGGCUAUUAAUUUUUUUAGUAAGUAUGUUGGAUAAAUAUAAAUUAAAAGAAAUGAUGAAACAAAGUUACAGUACUUUGUUUUACCAUUUUAAUCAUCAUUUCUAUUAAAAUAAACUACAAAAAAGGCUAAAAUGCUCAGAAUGAGAAGAGGUAGAUAUGAGUAAUUAAAAACAAUGUCAGACUAUUUUUAAAAGGAAGUCAUUUUUAGACAACAUAUAUCGAUGUAUCCAAAAUUAAAUUGGUUUUCAAUUAAUAUUCAUCUCAUUAAGUCAUUUAAUUAUUUACUUGUUUUAACUUUAAAUAUAUGUUAUUUAGCUGAUUUAGAAAGACAAUCUGAAUCAUAUUCAUUUAAAAAUCAAAUAGUUCAAAUCAUUGUGAUAAUUUUAACUAUUAUUUUAGUACUCUUAUCAUUAUUUGUAUUGAUAAUAGAGAUCAUUAAUUAAUAGCCAUACAUAGCAUUUAGAGUUAACUUUUAUAGAGAACAGAACUAUGAAGACGAUUCUCUUGGAUUCAAAGGCAGCGAUAAUUUAAAUUACAUUUACCAGAAUUUAUAAAGACUUAAGAAGACCAAUCAAAAAAAGAAGAUAAAAAUGCAUUAGUACUUCACCCAAAAUAGAAUUUUGGCUUAAAUAACUAAUGUUACAUUUUUGUAUCAUUUAUGUUAUUUGGUUUUGGCAGCACUAUCAUUUUUGGCAUCACCAUUUAUUUCCUUAUUACUUUUCGACGUAGUUCCAAGAGUGAAAGGCUUAAAAAAAGUAUUGGAAUCUGUUUUUGUAAAUAUUGGCAAGAUCAUACUCAUUUUGUAUUUAGCAUUAGUAGUAAUCCAUUGUUAUGCCUUCUUGGCAUUUUUAGUAGAGGAUAUUUCAGUGUUUCAGGAAGAUUAAAGUAUGGAACUUCCAUUCAUUACUAUUUUCUUGAGAUUCUUUGGAAAUGGAUUUAGAUUGUAGAAUGCUUUUAGUUAAGUUGAUGUUUAUCCUGAUCAAUAAUGGGGUAAUUAUAUAUUUUUGGUAUCCUUCUUUUUGGUUGUAUUUAUCAUUUGUUUCGCAUUAAUCAUAAGCAUAAUAACAGGACAAUAUUCCCAUAAAAACCUAUUGUCAAAAAAUCAGAAGAACAAAUCUUGUAAAAUUUGUAACAUAUCCUAUUACUAAUGUCGAGAGAAAAACAUAAGUUGGCAAGAACAUAUCGAGAAGGUUCACAAGUUGUCAGCAUAUUUAUUCUUUAUUAUAUGUUUGUAGUAGAAAUAGGAAUUAAAUUAUGUAGAAAGAGAAAUCGCAAAAAAGUUACUCGAAAAAGAUAUGUCAUGGUUGCCCACAAAUUGA